CGGCAACUCACACAACAACUAAGCGAAAAGAACAGCACCAACUUGUUCUAUCAAUAACUUUGACCUAUCCGAGUGAUUGAGAGAUUCUUCCUUAAUCAAUCCAACAAAAUGGAUGCAGCCGGCGAUUUCAACUCGGCCUCGCAGCAGUUCCUCUCCUGGUUCCGAUCUCUACAAGGCGCCACAUUCCAUGACGACAUUCAAAUUGUCGACCUGAGAGGCCAGAAUGCUGGACGUGGCAUCAUUGCCACAAAGGACAUUGCCCCUGAGACAAUCCUUUUCACCAUCCCGAGAAAAAGCAUCAUUAACACCGAGACAUCCGAGCUGCCCAAGAAGAUCCCCCAAGUUUUCACUGGAAACGACGGCGACGAUGAGGACAUGGAGAAUGAGCCUCUUGACUCGUGGGGUUCCCUCAUCCUGGUCAUGAUCUACGAGUAUCUUCAGGGCGAUGCCUCCCCUUGGAAGCCGUACUUUGAGGUCCUACCCGACAAGUUUGACACCCUUAUGUUCUGGGAGUCUUCCGAUCUUGAGUGGCUCAGGGGAAGCGCGGUUCUGUCAAAGAUUGGCAAGGACGAGGCGGACGAGAUGUUCCGCUCGCGGAUUCUGUCCGUUAUCUCAGCCAACCCGACCAUCUUCUUCCCUCAAGGUGUGGCACAGCCGAGCGAGACAGAGCUGCUGCAGCUAGCUCACCGGAUGGGAAGUAUCAUCAUGGCAUACGCCUUUGAUCUGGAGAACGAGGAGGAGCCUGAGGAAGAGAAUGAAGAAUGGGUCGAGGACCGCGACGGCAAGACGAUGCUGGGCAUGGUGCCGAUGGCCGAUAUCCUAAAUGCCGAUGCCGAGUUCAAUGCACACGUCAACCACGGAGAGGACGACCUCAGCGUCGUCGCGCUCCGACCCAUCAAGGCCGGAGAGGAAAUUCUCAACUACUAUGGUCCUCACCCCAACUCAGAACUGCUUAGAAGAUAUGGCUACGUCACCCCCAAGCACUCUCGCUACGACGUGGUUGAGAUUCCGUGGGAACUCGUCCAGUCCAUCCUGACCGAGCAGCUAAGGCUGACCGACGACGUCUGGAAGCAGUUGGCAGAGCACGUGGACCCCGAAGAUUUCGAGGACGUCUUCGUCCUGGAGCGCGACUCCGGCGAGCCGGACUCAGAAGGCCGUCUCACGACGCCCGCAAAGGUCCAGGAGGUAUCCGCAGAGCUGGAAGAGCAGUUGAAGGCUGUCCUGAAGGCGAUCAAGAAGGUCCGCGGCGACCUCAUCCCCGACAAGAGGAAGCGCGACGAGGUCUAUCAGCACGUUGUGGCUGCUGCGCUGCAGAAGCUAUUGGCGCAGUACCCGACAACAGCAGAAGAAGACGAGACUCUGCUGGCAUCCGGCAAUCUGACUUCUCGCCAGAGGAUGGCCGUCGAGGUUAGACUCGGCGAGAAGCGCUUACUCAAGGAAGCGCUCCAGAUGGAGGGUUCUGGCCACGGAAAUACGGUGGAAGAGAUCCACGACGAGGGCCAAGAGAGAUCGUCCAAGAGGGCGCGCACAGCACAGUGAUUGUUCUUGAUUGGUAUAUGGGAACAACCAAGGCGAUUGAUUCUUGAGAUAGAGUUAGAAGGGUCCCCGAUGGCAAUUUUUUUUGGGAUUGAUGCUCGAUUUCUAUGGCAGAGCAAAGGUAGUCAGGGGACUUUGAGGGAGGGUGAUUUAAUCAAGUUCGACUCGAAACCCGGGAACGGACCAAGUUUUCUUUAACGCCAAAAUAGCGCUAAAAACUGCUAAACUCGACGUCACACAACCUAUCCUACUUACGUACACUGCAACGUCCACGACACCAACCAUCAACUACUGCAUUUGGCUCUAAGGUUCUCCUGUCUCUUCAGCUGACACACAUUGAGCGAGGAGUUCUGUGUCUUCAAAGCCAUAUGGCUCCCUCUUCCAGCUACCUGCAUAAUAGUCCUCGAUCCCCCCCCAGUUACCUCGGGCUAAUUGGCUGUCAUGACAUUGGCUGGCAGAUCAACACCAGCCAGUAUUGACAUAACCCCGCACCUUCACUGACC